AUGGCUGAAAACGAAGCAAGUGUUAACCCUAAAGCUUACCCUUUAGCUGAUGCUCCAUUGACGGCAAAGAUAUUAAACCUAGUGCAGCAAGCAGCAAAUUAUAAGCAGCUACGAAAAGGUGCCAAUGAAGCCACAAAAACUCUAAACAGAGGGCUUUCAGAGUUCAUUAUUAUGGCGGCAGAUGCAGAGCCAUUGGAGAUAGUUCUUCACAUUCCAAUUUUGUGCGAAGACAAGAAUGUGCCUUAUGUGUUUGUUAGGUCUAAGCAAGCUUUAGGUCGAGCAUGUGGGGUUUCUAGACCCAUUGUUGCUUGUUCGAUUACAAUUAAUGAGGGCUCACAACUUAAACCACAAAUCCAAACCAUACAGCAAGAAAUUGAAAGACUUUUAGUG